CAAGAACACUUUACAGCAUGACAGAGUGCCGAAUCACACUAAGAUUUCAUCAGGCUGCCCUCUCCAAGUGAUUCUCUGCUGAGUUCUUUUGUUUUUCAAUCUAGUACCAGAGGAAGUGGUCACAGUGCUGUGCUACAGCUAUAAAUUGGGAUUGUCGUGAUGGCCAUUACUUGCACAAGAAGGGAGUACAGUGCCAUCUUCGUUGUCCUGGCUGUCACUGUCCUUAUCUUUUUGUCACAUAACCAAGGAAUCUAUGAAAGAUUCCUUGCACGUUACAUGGAUGUUCUGCAGAUUCACCAUGAAGCGAACUUAACCAUCAUCAUUCCGAGAGUUUACAGUGACCCUGACAUGCAUCACCGCUACUGCACCUUCCAGCCACUGUCCCCUGAGGACGCUACGGAGGAAACCCUUCUAAGAGAUUACAUUGCUUGGCCUGAAACUCCAAUUCUGCCAGAUCCUCUUCUCAUGGAGCAGACCAGUGAUCCAGCUCGCAGCACCUUCACCAUUCUCCCAAGGAGGGGAGGAGGACAGUGGCGUGUAGGGGAUCAGCUGGAGGUCAUGAUAAAAAUUUCUGACUUCCAGGGCCGUCCCAAGAAGUUCGGGGGGGACUUUUUACUCGCCCGGCUGCACAACCUGAAGCUUGGUGCAGGUGUGGCUGGACAAGUGGUGGAUCAUCUCAAUGGGAGCUACUCUGCUGUGUUCUCUUUACUCUGGGAAGGAGUCGCACAGGUUGAGGUGACGCUGGUUCACCCUAGUGAGGCUAUCCCAGUGCUGAAAAGGCUCAACAGAGAACAUCCUGACAGGAUUUCCUUCCACGCCCUUUUCCGCUCAGGUUCACUCUCUGAAACUACCGUCUGUAACGUCUGCCUACCUCCAACUAAGCAGCCGCUGUGCAACUACAGUGACCCUCGAACAGGCGCACCUUGGUUCUGCUACAAGCCAAAGACACUGAGCUGUGAUGCCAGGAUCCACCACUCCAGGAAAAGCAUCGAGCGAAACCUCAAGGCCAACGAGCAGAAGCUCUUUCAAAGUGGUGUCAACUUAAAAGCCCACAUUCAGGCUUCAGGACCUGCCAUUGUCACCGUGUUGCCAACAGAUGAAGGUCAUAAAGAGGAGAAAAGCAGCAUUGUGACAUCUGGACCCUCUGGCUAUUAUUACCAGGGUUCAUGGCGAACACUGGAUGGAACCAAAGUUCAGUAUUUCGACAGCUCUGCAAUCACUCAGUGUCUGAAAGGCAAAGACGUCCACAUGUAUGGAGACUCCACCAUGAGGCAGUGGUUUGCGUUCUUGGUCACAGUACUACCAGAUCUAAAGAAGUUCGGCUCAGAAAGCCUGGUGAAAUUACCUUUCACAGCUGUCGACUUUGCAAACAGCAUCAUGGUGAGGUGCUUCUACCACGGCCCUCCUAUGCUUGGUUUGGCCCCCAUCCCACCUACCGAUCAACAUUACAUAGCCAACGAAAUAGACGGCUUAAAGGGAGGCCCCAACACUGUCGUAGUUUUUGGCGUCUGGGCUCACCUUGCCCCUUUCCCCUUGGAGAUCUACAUCCGGCGGCUGCGGAGCAUCCGCAGGGCGGUGGUGCGGCUGCUGACAAGAGCUCCCGAGACGGUGGUCAUCAUCCGGACAGGAAACCCCAGAGCUUUGACACCUGAUCUGGCAUUAACAUUUAGUGACUGGUACUCGUUGCAGCGUUAUAACGUGCUCAGAGCCAUGUUCAAAGGACUGAAUGUUCAUCUGGUCGAUGCCUGGUCAAUGGUUCUAGCCCACCACCUUCCACAUGAUGUCCACCCAGGACCUCCCAUUAUUAAGAACAUGAUUGACGUUCUCUUGUCCCAUGUGUGCCCUCAGAACGGCGGCUAGAUGUGUUUGUUAAGGGGGAAGAGUUCAGAUUUAAGCAUAUGCUGAGUUUACAUGUUAUGUCUGUGUUUCUGCCAAAGUGCUGCAUUUUUUUCUGAAAGUGCUGCAGUGUUUCUACAAUUCUGGGUGGUAUAAUAAUAAUAAUAAUAAUAACAAUAAUAAUGUAUAAUCAUUUAUAAUAACAGCCUUAAUGUUAAAUAUCUACCUUAACCACAUCAGUAAAAAAAUUAUGAAAA